ACACACACACGCUCACCCUCACAAACACACACUUGUACUGCUCCUCCAGUGCCCCUGAGCACCAGCACCAGCUCCAGCUCCAGGAGCAUGGGCUCUCCUAAGGGCUGGCUGCCCGCCCUGCGGCAGCUGCUGAGCGGGUCGCUGCAGCUCCGACUCAAAGCUCUGCGGAGGGUCCUGACCACGGGCCAGCAGCAGCAGCAGCAGAGCGGGACCCCCAGGACUGAGGAAGUGACCGUAAAGGAGAUCAGCAUCACACACCAUGUUAAGGAAGGCUCGGAAAAGGGCGACCCACGCCAGUUUGAGCUCCGCAAAGUCCUGGGACAGGGAUCUUUUGGAAAGGUGUUUCUGGUGAAGAAGGUAACUGGACCCGAUGCAGGGCAGCUCUAUGCCAUGAAAGUGUUGAAGAAAGCUACCCUCAAAGUUCGUGACCGGGUGAGGACGAAGAUGGAGAGAGACAUCUUGGUUGAAGUGAACCAUCCCUUCAUCGUCAAACUACACUAUGCAUUCCAAACAGAAGGGAAGCUUUAUCUGAUCCUAGACUUCCUUCGAGGAGGGGAUCUUUUUACUCGCCUAUCAAAAGAGGUGAUGUUCACAGAGGAGGACGUCAAGUUCUACCUGGCGGAGUUGGCCUUGGCCCUGGACCACCUGCAUGGGCUGGGCAUCAUCUACAGAGACCUCAAACCCGAGAACAUCCUUCUGGAUGAAGAGGGGCACAUCAAGCUGACUGAUUUUGGCCUCAGUAAGGAGUCCAUUGACCAUGAGAACAAAGCCUACUCUUUCUGCGGGACGGUGGAGUACAUGGCCCCAGAGGUGGUCAACAGGAGAGGCCACACCCACAGUGCGGACUGGUGGUCGUACGGCGUCCUCAUGUUUGAAAUGCUAACCGGCACAUUGCCAUUCCAAGGCAAGGAUCGCAAGGAAACGAUGACCAUGAUUCUGAAGGCCAAGCUGGGGAUGCCGCAGUUCCUAAGUCCAGAAGCUCAGAGUCUCCUGAGGAACCUGUUUAAGAGGAACCCGUCCAACAGACUCGGCGCUGGCCCAGACGGAGUGGAAGAGAUUAAGAGACAUUCAUUCUACUCCAACAUAGACUGGAAUAAAUUAUUCCGACGAGAGAUCCAUCCACCGUUUAAACCUGCUGCAGGCCGCCCUGAUGACACGUUCUAUUUUGACCCAGAAUUCACAGCGAAAACUCCCAAAGACUCCCCAGGUGUGCCUCCCAGUGCCAACGCUCACCAGCUCUUCAGAGGCUUCAGCUUCGUGGCCAUCACCUCUGAAGACGAGGGUCAGCCACUGCCCAGCAGCAACAUGAGCUCCAUAGUCCAGAUGCCUCAGCUGCACAGAAACACAUCCCAGUUUGCCGAGGCAUACGACAUGAAGGAGGACAUCGGCGUGGGCUCGUACUCCGUCUGCAGACGCUGCGUCCAGAAGAGCACCGGCAUGGAGUACGCCGUCAAGAUCAUUAAUAAGGCCAAGAGGGACCCUGCUGAGGAGGUGGAGAUUCUGCUGCGCUACGGUCAGCAUCCCAACAUCAUCACUCUCAAAGAUGUGUACGAUGACGGCCGCUCAGUUUACCUGGUGACGGAGCUGCUGAAGGGUGGAGAGCUGCUGGACAAGAUCCUCAGACAGAAGUUCUUCUCGGAGAGGGAAGCCAGCGCCGUCCUACACACCAUCACCAAGACCAUGGAGUACCUACACAGUCAAGGGGUGGUGCAUAGAGAUCUGAAGCCCAGCAAUAUUCUUUACGUGGAUGAACUGGGCAACCCAGAGUCCAUCCUUUGUGACUUUGGAUUUGCCAAGCAGCUCCGUGCAGAGAACGGCCUUCUGAUGACGCCAUGCUACACCGCUAACUUCGUCGCUCCAGAGGUGCUGAAGAAGCAAGGCUAUGAUGCAGCCUGCGACAUAUGGAGCCUCGGAGUUCUGCUGUACACCAUGUUGACAGGCUUUACUCCAUUUGCUAAUGGCCCGGAGGACACUCCGGAAGAGAUCCUGGCUCGGAUCGGGAGUGGGAAGUUUUCCCUGACGGGCGGUUACUGGAACUCGGUCUCAGCCGAGGCAAAGGACCUGGUGUCUAAGAUGCUGCACGUGGACCCUCAUCAGAGGCUAAGUGCAGCUCAGGUGCUACGACACCCCUGGAUCGUCCAUAAGGACCAGCUGCCCAAGUACCAGCUCAACAGACAAGACGCUCCACACUUAGUCAAGGGGGCAAUGGCAGCCACGUAUUCUGCCCUCAACAGGAACAUCACUCCAGUUCUAGACCCUGUGGGUUGUUCCACUCUUGCUCAGCGUAGGGGGGUCAAGAAACUCACCUCCACAGCCCUCUGAGCCGCCCACCCCCACCAUCCUACUGGACUCUCCCUCCCUAACCUCUCUCCAGGUGUAAGCUGGGCACAGCCACUGAACCGGACCUGAAGGCUACCGGACGCUACUGCACAUCUCCCGCCCCCGAUGCUAAACAGAGCCCGAACAGAAGCCCAUUUGUCUCGACCCGACUCCCUCUUGCCUGCCUGUAACCCAAGAGAGCGCAAAAAGCCCUCGCUUAGAGUCACUACUGCCUCCAGCCAUCAGGCAAACAGCAUCAGGAAGUGUCUCAGAGGCGGAGAGAGCAGUUAGCUAUAUAUGCACAUCGUAAACCCUGCACCACAUACAUCUGGAGGUUAAUGUAUAAUGCAAAUAUAUGAUUGUAUUGAUGGUGACCUCACCAUGCAAAGCACAUGUGCCCCUUGUUGGAGCAGGAUUAUUUAGGCUGAGCUGAGUAGGCAUCGAGGCCGAUGCUGGAAGCGUUGCUUUGGGGGGUUGAUUGUAACACUCCUCUGUGGUCAGGGCUCUACUCCUCCCGCUCCGUAGCAUUGUCUUUAGUCCACCUUGCCUCUGUGGGGCUCCGUUACCAAUCAGAAAACAGACCUGAGCACUUACAGUGGCCGGCAACAUGUGUUAGAAUUCAGGCUUGUGAAGACUCCCUAAUGUAGACCCUUUCCCUGCUGUCUGCUACGAGGAGGGGGCUGCCCGUGAUAGGAGCACAUCGCCGUCGGCUCUGCCAGCCCCUGUAGAAAGACACUGACAACUGGAAGACUGAGAGAAAGGCCAGAAACCAAUGACCCCCGCAUGGUCAGCUGUACAGCGGACUGAAGUGGACGCAUGGAGGAAGUGCGUCAUUCUAAUCCUGUGAUGCAAAACUGGAUAUAUUCACAAACCAAGAGAACUCAGGUCUAUGUGAUAAAAUGCAAUGCAUUGUGUAACGGUGAAGAGACUCAAGCACACAGCAGUAUUGUCCAGCCCCUCUGCUGCUCUCUAUGUAUGUCAACAGUAGGGAUGGAAUCACUCAGUGACAGCAGAAUUACUUUUCAAGACAUAAAUGUAUUUUUAUAUAUGUGCAUGGAAUAGGUUAUAUAAUCAUUAGUGGCAAAGACGACAUGUGUAUGCGUGUGUGUGUGUGUAUGUAUGUAUGUAUGUGUGUGUGUGUGUGUGUAUGUAUGUAUGUAUGUAUGUAUGUGUAUGUAUGUGUAUGUAUGUAUGUAUGUAUGUGUAUAUAUGCAGAACUGAGGGUUUUUUAUGAUUUCUACUGUGUUCCAACAGGUGUGUGUGACAUACCCGUGUUAGCUGCGACAGGAGGGGUUGUGUUCUUUAUCCUUAGUCUCUCCUUACCUUGUACUGAGGACUGCUGGAAAACUAUUAUUGCUUCUUGUCUAGGAACGCUGCUACAGUUUGUCCCUCUUUUUUGUAAAUGUAGUAAAAAAAAUAAAACUAAAAGAUUUCUAUCUAAUAAAAAGCUCUUAUGUAUUAA